UCAGUCGUUUGUAUUGAAAAGCCAUGAAGGAGCUUGACGCAUUCCUUCGGGGACCUGGGAAAUAGUAUUAUUUAAAGAACUACCUCUCCGAGUCUCCGUGUCGAUCCCUUGACUCCUCCUCCUCGUCCCCUUCUCUCUCUGCACUUGUCUUUUUGCUUGCUUCCUUAUCUGAGCUUUUCUCUGAGUUUGGCAGUGUUUGAAUUUGGGAUUCCUCUGAAGCAUUUGUCAAGGCGUUUUGUACAAAAGGCUGGUCAUUGGUGUAUCAUACAGUUAUGACUUGUUGCUCUUUCUUAUUCAGAAAACCACCUGCUGAAUUGGAUGAAGAGCUUUCAGGCAUUCAUAACGUCAAUCUUUACUCCUACAAGGAGCUAAGAAUUGCCACUGAGGAUUUUAGUGCAGCCAACAAAAUUGGGGAGGGUGGUUUUGGUUCCGUGUACAAGGGAAGGCUUAAAAAUGGGACAAUUGCUGCUAUAAAGGUUCUUUCAGCUGAAUCAAGACAAGGUGUACGAGAGUUCUUGACAGAGAUUCAAGUGAUCUCAGAUGUAGAGCACGAAAACUUAGUCAAACUUUAUGGCUGUUGUGUGCAAGAAGACCAAAGAAUUUUGGUCUACAACUACCUUGAGAAUAACUGCCUUGCAAAAACCCUCCUUGGCGGAGGUCACAGUAGCAUCCAGUUUAGUUGGCCAACGAGGACCAGGAUUUGCAUUGGAGUUGCACGAGGGCUUGCCUACCUGCAUGAGGAAGUGCAACCAUAUAUUGUUCAUCGGGAUAUCAAAGCAAGCAAUAUUCUCCUUGACAAAGACUUGAUGCCCAGGAUUUCAGAUUUUGGACUUGCAAAGCUCAUUCCAUCCAACAUGACUCAUGUUAGCACGCGUGUGGCAGGAACAAUAGGUUAUCUGGCUCCAGAGUAUGCUAUAAAAGGGCAGUUGACACCUAAAGCAGAUGUCUACAGUUUUGGUGUUCUUCUUGUGGAAAUAGUUAGUGGAAAAUGCAACACAAAUACACUAUUACCAGCUGGGGAACAAUAUCUUCUUGAAAAGACAUGGCGGCUUUAUGAGAGAAGGGAGCUGGUGGGGCUGGUAGACACAUCAUUAAAGGGGGAGUUUGAUGCUGAAGAGGCUUGCAGAUUCUUAAAGGUUGGUUUACUCUGCACCCAACAUACUCAUAAGCUUCGACCCUCCAUGUCAAAUGUGGUGAUGCUGCUAACUGGUGAGUUGGACGUUGAUGGCUACAAGAUAACAAGCCCGGGCUUAAUCUCUGAUUUCAUGGACCACGGGAUUCAAAACGCCCCGCAAACUAAGACUGGUAUAAACAAUGUCUCAUACAGUACACCUUUCAGCUCAGAUAAUAUGGACAUUUCACUUUUGUCAUCAGGAACCCCUUCUCAAGCAACCAUGAGCUUUACUUCAAUGUAUGAUCACAGCAUUUAAACUCCCAGUCUCUCGUCAUCAUCGACGGAGAGAAAGAGAGAUUGGUAUUUAGUUUAUGUUUUUUUUUUGCUUGUUGGGGCUUCAUGUGUAAAUUGUACAACUUUUUUAUGUUUUUUUUUGGUAGAUAUUUGUAAGAAAAAAAUUAAGUUCAUUUUAAUUAAGUUUAAAUUUUG